AUGAAAAAGCGCAAGGAGCUUAAUGCACUGAUCGGCUUGGCUGGGGACAGCCGGAGAAAGAAACCCAAGAAAGGCUCAGGCCACCGCCUGCUUCGAACGGAGCCUCCUGACUCAGACUCGGAGUCCAGCUCGGAGGAGGAAGAGGAAUUUGGUGUAGCUGGAAAUCGCUCUCGCUUUGUCAAGGGAGACUAUUUACGAUGCUGCAGGAUCUGUUAUCCCCUCUGUGCGUUUGUCAUCCUUGCCGCCUGUGUCGUGGCCUGCGUUGGUCUGGUGUGGAUGCAAGUCGCUCUGAAGGAGGAUCUGGAUUCCCUCAAGGAAAAGUUCCGAACAAUGGAAUCUAAUCAGAAAAGCUCAUUCCAAGAAAUUCCCAAACUUAAUGAAGAACUACUCAGCAAACAAAAACAGCUUGAGAAGAUUGAAUCUGGAGAGCUCGGGUUGAACAAAGUCUGGAUAAACAUCACAGAAAUGAAUAAGCAGAUUUCUCUGCUGACUUCUGCAGUAAACCACCUCAAAGCCAACGUCAAGUCAGCUGCAGACUUAAUUAGCCUGCCUGCCACUGUAGAGGGACUUCAGAAGAGUGUAGCUUCCAUUGGCAACACUUUAAAUAGUGUCCAUCUUGCUGUGGAGGCAAUACAGAAGACUGUGGAUGAACACAAGAAAACCGUGGAGCUACUACAGAGUGACAUGAAUCAGCACACCUUGAAGGAAACCAAUGGAAGCAACCAGAUCAUUCCAUCACCUUCCACUCUAUCUGAACUUGACAAUAAAACCCACAGUGAGAAUUUGAAACAGGAUAUCCUGUACCUCCACAGCUUUUUAGAGGAAGUAAACAGUGCCCAAGUUGGGUACCAGAGACAGAAUGAUCUUAAACUCGAGGGGAUGAAUGAGACCAUCAGUAAUCUUACCCAAAGAGUCAACUUGAUAGAAAGAGAUCUGGUUGCUAUGAGCAAGGUAGAAAAGCAAGCGAACCUGUCCUCCAGCAUGGUGAAUGAUAGAGCUGCCACUCUGAAGAGAGAGUCUUUGCAUCAAGUGACCAACAGAAUAGAGUCAGUAAAAUCCCAGGGCAUAAAGAAAGAAGAUAGUUCAGAUUCUCAGGUAUCUAAGCUUAGAGAGAAACUGCAGCUGAUAAGUGCUCUCACAAACAAACCUGAGAGCAGCAGGCCUCCAGAGACUGCCAAUGGAGAGAAAGUACAGAAUUUCACAUCAAAGCCAUCAAUAUUGCCAAAAUUCCCACGGUCUCUUGGAGACCACAUUGAGAAAGCUGUCCAGCUAAGACCCGCUUCCCUUCCAGGAAUUUCUAGCAUCGAAGAUCUUCAGGGCUUAUUCCGUAAGACUGGCCAGGAUGUGGAUGGGAAACUGACCUACCAGGAAAUCGAGGACUCCUUAGAGUCUAUUGGGCCAGAACCAGAGCAUUUGAGAGAGUUUGAUUCUGAUGGAGAUGGAAGAUACUCAUUCUUCGAGCUGAGAGCAGCUUUAGGUGUCUAG